CCUCUCUCCUCCCCAGCCAUCCAGCUAGCAGCUCUCGCCAGAGAACCAAGUCGUAACCGAGAGCUGCUGCUCCUCCUGUCUUUACCGCAUUGUACUGCGAGCCCUGUCUCCUAGAGGUAUCUUUCAGCCCCACUCGCAGUCAUCCCUCUCAGGCCGUCCGAAAGCAACCCGCCCGCCGCUUCCUCACACUCCACCUGGUCAAAUCUCCACCGUCGAAAUCAUGGCUCGUUCAUCAAUCGCUCUUCUCGUGUGCAUCCUCGCCGUUGCGGCGAUGACGUCAUUCCCCGGCGCGCUCGCGCGAAAGGAUCUGGGCGUCGUAAAACCCGCCGCGACGACGCCGGCGCCGGCCAAGUGUAUCAAGUCGACAAUCAGGGGCUACAACCAGAGCGUCACUCUCACCAGCGGGCUGCUUCUGCACUGGAACGUGACGGGCGCCUCGUCGAUCGACAUGGCUAUCGAAGCACAAUCCACCAGCGCUGCGUCCAAGGGCGGCUGGCUCUCGAUCGCCUUCGCGAAGUCAACCUUCAAGAUGGCUAACUCCGACGCCAUCAUCGGGAACCUCGCGGGGACCGCCGCGAAUCCCGCUACGGUCGCGCCGUACGCGAUCACCAGCUACACUGCCGUGAAGCCGACGUCCGCUUUCGCGCUGACAAGCGCGUCGACGACGACGACCAUCGGAAAGAGCGUCGUUGUGGCCUUUUCCCGAUCGGGAGCGACCGGCAUGAACCCGAUCGUGUACGGGUUUGGCAAGGCGACGCCCGCGCUUAACUACAUCACCUAUGCGUACUCGGCCAAUGGGGUCUCUAAGACCGUCGCUUACCAUGGCAGCGGAAGGAGAGGCAAGGCCGUUGUGAACCUCGCAUGCAAGCCGUUGUAAAGGACUGCAAGCUCAGCCACCUGCUCCACUCCAGCCAUCCCAUGCCACUCGACCCAAUCCGCACUAGAAUUCUGCCAUCUCAUAUCAUACACAAGUCCAGCCAUCUCACGCCAUGCACUACAGUUCUGCCAUCUCAUGCCGUGCGUUCCAAUUCUGCCGUCUCAAGCCAUGCAUUCAAGUCCUGCUACUCAAGUCAUGCCCAUGCGGUCUCAUGCCAUGCCUCAAGCGUUGAGGUCUCAUUCCAUCCACAUGUUCCAAUGCACUCUAUCUGCGUCAAGCUCUGUUCGACCAGCAAAGACGACCGAGUCAAAGCCUUUCAUGCCUGUUACCCUUGCCACAGUUACCGGCAAUCAACAACGUGUGACAAGAGGGAGAUGGGUAAACCAUCUUUCUUGUACCUCGUGCUCGAAGUACAUGCUGCGGUGCCAUGUCUUGCAUGCCUUGUGAAUUGUUAGGUUGGUCUUUCCAGCGGGGUGUGCAUGGAAUCGGCUCAAAUGGACAGUGCAAUUAGCCUGCCUGGUAUUUUGGACUCUU